UGUAUUUUUGAUGGUGUUGCAAGAAUGUUGUCGACAAUCGACUGCUUUUAGUGAAGAAUAGAUACUAAGAGAGGUGGUUGGCGAUGGCGAUUUUUGACAAGAUGAUCGCGCUGUGGAUUUUGGUGGUUUUCAGCUUCUUUACCAGCUGCUCAGCAGGAAAAUCUGAAAAACAAGCCAAGUGGGAUAAGUACUUGAAGCACAUUGAGGAUGCCGUGACCGACUACGAGGAAUGCUCAAGUGAAAAUUCUGGUUGCUACCGGUCUGUCCUGGAUGCUGAUUUCAAGCCAUGGCGUGACCGAGGCGGCAUCAAGCAGGAGGACUUUGAGCGGGGCAAGAAGGACCGCCGGAACGGCGUGGUGCACUAUCAGAUCAUUGGUCACAAACUGUACCGGCAAGAAAACUCUAUGUUCCAGCCAAGGUCAGUAGGUAUAGAACACUUCCUCUUGAAGCUUCUCCCAUUGCUACCGGACAUGGAGCUACUCAUCAAUACGCAAGACUAUCCUAUGGUUAACAAAUGGAUCGACCCGACGCCGAUUCUCAGUUUCAGCCGUACGCCGAAUGAAGUGGACAUUUUCUACCCAGCAUGGACGUUUUGGAGUGGCGGUCCCUUUCUGAAAACCUAUCCGGAGGGCCUUGGCCGUUGGGAUGAGCAACGCAAAGUCAUCGGAAAAAAGUCAGAGGAAUUCCCGUGGAAAAAGAAGAAGUCAAAGGCGUUCUUCCGUGGUUCACGAACUAGCAGUGAACGCGAUCCGUUGGUGAAAUAUGCUCGACAGAAUCCGUCGUAUGCUGAUGCAGCAUAUACAAAGAACCAAGCAUGGAAAUCAGAUGCUGACACUCUUGGCAAACCUCCAGCCGGUGAAAUCUCCCUCGCCGAUCACUGCAAGUACAAGUACUUGUUCAACUUCCGCGGUGUGGCGGCCAGUUUCCGCUUCAAGCACUUGUUUAUGUGCCGUUCAUUGGUGGUCCACGUCGGCGAGGACUGGAAGGAGUUCUUCUAUCCAGCGAUGAAGCCAUGGGUGCACUACAUCCCCAUGGACGUGGAAAUGAAGGAUUUACCGGUCAUGAUUGAGUUUGUGCGCAAGUAUGACAAGGUGGCUCGGGCUAUAGCUGACCGUGGCUACAAGUUUGUUGACAAGCACCUGCGCCUGAAAGAUAUUGAGCUAUACUGGAAGAACCUGUUGCUGACAUACCAUAGUCUUAUGCAGUGGAAGCCCAAGAGAGAUAUGUCACUGAAACAAAUCAAGUGAGGAGCAGAUACAUUCAAAAAACAUAAUUAGGCAAGUGCCAUGGCAUUGUGCCGUGGCGGCUGAACACAUUCACCUUGACAUCGAUGAUUGUCGCAGUGUACCGACUGAGACAGAUCUCGUGACAGGCAUGCAGGUUGCGACUUGCUCCUGAGACUUGCCCAUACGUCAGGCCUGGCUGAUAACUUGUGACCUAGGCCAUCCGUCGGCCAUCUCCCCGACUGCACUGGCUCCUGUAGACUGGUCUCCACUGGCAUGCAAAACACCUGCAGCCACGGCUGCCAGUGCAGUUCCAGCAUGUCAGAACCUCUACUCAUCGCCGUGAUUGUAGCUCAUCGCAUUCUAUAUUCUCAAGAGAGUCCGUCUCGUAUUAUCUCGAAAAAAUAGUUAGGGGUUCAAAAUAAUAGUCACUAACAUGCCUAGAGAGUAGAGACAUACAUUAUACUGUAGGGAAAGCACCAGCAAUGUAGGAUAACAUAGGAUAUCUUAAGAUAACAUAGCAUGGUGCAUCCUUUGCUGCUGCUGCUGCUGCUGCUGCUACGUGUCACCGGUGCUCGUUCUUAGGCUUUCUAGUCACACAACGUUUCUCCUUUUAACGUCACAAUGAUUGCUUCAGCCGAGUGACCGCCGCUGAAGUUGUGUGUGCGCCUCUCCAGGAGCUGGUACCAAGGAGGACUUUA